AUGACCGCCAAUGACCGCCAGAAGCCGGGCGCAGGUUUCGCAUUUAAGCCCCGGAACACCAUUGCCUCCUGGGAGAAGCCCGGGGUCCCCAACUCCUCCUCCCAGCAGCGUCCGACACCAACCAGUUUUGACGCGGCUUCGCGGCUCCGAGGUGCAAGCGCCAUGGCUGACGAACGACGGCCCGCCGACGAGCAGGAGCAGACUCGUGCCAAGAGGGAACCGUCUCCGGACGACUUUGAUGCGGUUUUCCAACAGCUGCAGCGCGGAUUUGGGUCGGUCAAGCCCCAGCAUACUCGGGGCGUAGACCUGUUGAGUAUUGCUGGAAACGCGAGUGCCGGUGGACCUACUCCUGGCCACCCGACGAAAAUUCUGUCGUCUCGCAAGCAGAAGGCGGACGUUUUCAUCCACCAAAAGAGCCGCCCGGAGCACCACCUCGGGGGCACCAGGAUGCCCGGCCCCAAACCGCCUGCUUAUCAAGACCGCAGGCCUCCGCCGAUGCCCGUCUUCGAGUCCGGCGGCCCGUCGAGGUCGAGGCCUGGCUAUGCCGACCAAGUGUUCUACACUGACCCGAGGAAGGCGAGCGAAGACCUCAAGGCCCUGUUGGAAGGCGGCAUGGAGGAUGACGAAGAGGAACAAGAGUCAGAGGAUGUCGCAGCCUCGCAACCGUCGCAAUUGCCGCCACAAGGCCCUCAGAGCCACGAUCAAGGCCAAGGCGGACGAAUACCAACUCCGAUACAAAAGGCCAAGAGGGAAAGCCCUAUCGGUAAGGAUGGCACGGUCAAGGGCCUCAAGGUGAAGCUGUUGCCUCAUCAAGUCGAGGGUGUGGAGUGGAUGAGAGGCCGUGAGCUUGGGCCCGUGAAGCGCGGCAAGGUGCCCAAAGGCGGGCUUCUAGCCGACGACAUGGGACUUGGAAAGACGCUGCAGAGCGUGUCGCUCAUCGUGACCAAUCAAAAGCCCUCAAAGGACGGCACAGGGUGGAAGAAGCAUUUUGAGGGCCUUGAGAAGACGACACUGGUUGUCGCCCCCUUGGCUCUGAUUCGACAAUGGGAACAUGAAAUCAACGACAAGGUCGAGAAGUCCCAUGGACUCAAGGUUCUGGUUCACCAUGGGCCUCAGAGAACAAAGGACUUCAAGAAACUGGCGCUGUACGACGUCGUCAUCACUACCUUUCAGAUUUUGGUCUCAGAACAUGGCCGCUCGUCGGAUGCUGAAAACGGCGUCAAAGCUGGCUGCUUUGGACUGCGGUGGUGGCGAGUCAUUCUGGACGAGGCCCAUAGCAUCAAGAAUCGCAACGCCAAGGCCACCAAGGCAUGUUAUGCACUGCGUUCCGAAUACCGCUGGUGUCUGUCCGGAACUCCCAUGCAGAACAACCUGGAUGAGCUGCAGUCGUUGAUCAAAUUCCUUCGUAUCAGUCCUUACGACGACCUGAAACAGUGGAGGGAACACAUCGACCAGCCCAUGAAGAAUGGCAAAGGUCACAUUGCCAUUCGCCGACUGCACAGUCUUCUCCGGUGCUUCAUGAAGAGGCGCACCAAGGAGAUCCUGAAGAAGGACGGUGCGUUGAACCCUGGUGGCGAACCGAGCGCCGCUGGCGAGUCUUCGACGACGGGCUUCAGGCACACAGAGCGCAAAGUGGUCACCGUCUCUGCCAAACUGACUCCUGCCGAGAGAAAAUUCUACGACCGGCUCGAGGCUCGUGCGGACAAGAGCAUGGAGGCCAUGAUGCAAAACAAACUCAGCUACGCAAACGCCUUUACCCUCCUCUUGCGGCUUCGUCAAGCCUGCAAUCACCCUAAAUUGGUGGAGGGCAAGCUGGAGAGAGACAGGGACGCCCUCUCCACCGGUUCCAGUCAAAAGUCGCAGGACAUCGACAUGAAUGCCGUUGCUGAUAUGUUUGCGGGAAUGGGUAUUGUUACCAAGACAUGUUCGAUAUGUGGCAGGGAACUGACCUCGGACGAUACUACGCUGGGUCGCGACAACUGCGCAGAAUGCCAUGACGAUUUGGAGUAUUUCAAGAACCAUGGGGAGCUUCAAGCGCAGAGGCCAAAGAGAUCAAGAAGAAAGAAGAGCAAGGGGUCAAAAGGAAAGAAGGCGGCCAAAGCCAAGGGCGAGGAGCAAGAACAAGACCAACCAAGACAGCGCACUCGGCGACCACGGAAUAGAAAUGCCGUUGUAGACAGCGACGACGAUGAGGAAGAAGGUGACGGAAGCUGGCUUGUGCCCGAAGGCGAACGCGGCGACACGCACUUGGGCAAGGCCGGGGGCGAGGAGGAUGAGAAUGCCGAGGGUGGUGGUGACUGGGUCGGAUCAGAAGAUUCGGAAGAGGACGCGGACGACACAAAUGAAAGCAAUCUGAGUGGAUUCGUCGUGGACGACGAGACAGCCAAGAGAGAGGACGGUCACCAGUCCGUUGACGGAGCGGCUCAAGACGACUCGCUCUUGUCCGUCGACGCUCUGACACACGCCAUGGCGUCGCAGACGCUGUCGGACGACAAGCCAAAGCCCGCGACCUCUGGGCCGUGUGCUGAAUCCGCCUCGGGAGACGACGACGAGGCCUCCGAGUCUGGCGCAUCAGAAUCAGAAUCACCACACUCCUCCGAGGACGACCACGACAGCGACGGACAGCUCCGCUCCGGCAAGCAAACUCGGGUCGUCGCAUCAGCCAAGAUCCGCGAGGUGAUCAAGAUCCUGCACGCCGAGGCCAGGGAGCACAAGUUCAUCGUCUUUUCCCAGUUCACAUCCAUGUUGGACCUCGUCGAGCCGUUCCUCGACAAAGGCGGCUUCGAAUACGUCCGCUACGACGGCAGCAUGAGGAACGACGAUCGCGAAGAGAGUCUCCGCCGGCUGCGCGAGGACCACCGCACGAGGGUUCUGCUCUGCAGCCUCAAGUGCGGCAGCCUCGGGCUGAACCUGACGGCCGCGACGCGCGUCAUCAUCGUCGAGCCGUUCUGGAACCCGUUCGUCGAGGAGCAAGCAAUCGACCGCGUGCACCGCCUCACGCAGACCGUCGACGUGGUCGUGUACAAGAUCACGGUGGCGGACACCGUUGAGGAGCGAAUCAUUGAUUUGCAGGAUAAAAAGCGCGAGUUGGCGGAGCAGACCAUCGAGGGCGGCGCCAAGAAGGAGGCCAUGAAGCUGGGCAUCAACGAGAUCAUAGACUUGUUCAAGCCUGGCGGGCAGCACCAGGACGUCAGGCCGGGGCCGCCGUUGCAGGACACCAAGGGAGCUGCUGCGGAGCGCGCAGGCGGGGGCUUGGUGAGGCGGAAGCCUGUGCGGGAGGAGAGUGCUGUGUUUGGGAGGAGGUGGUGA